ACAACGCGCGCCAAAGUUGGCCACUUAUACUACUUUCAACCAGCAAGCAGACGUUAAAACUAGCGGAUAACGUAUAUCAAGGUAAAGAAUUAAAUAAACUUUGCCCAUUUACACAUUUGAGUUCAAGGUGCAUCCCCUCCCUUUACACUGCACAAAACCCUUUACUAAAGGGGUCUUCUUUUACCUCACCAACUCACCAACCAGGUGACGAACAUCACCACUUUUGCUGUUGGAGGGGUUUAACUAUUUAGGAGUUUCUCUGACUGGGACUACGAUUUUAUUGUCUGCUUUUUAUCCUUUUGAGAGGAGACAUUUCGUCACAUCCUGUCGGCUUAGACCUACAUUUUCUUGUCUGGACUUUGCACGAGUAAGAAUUUGGUACCAGUGCCCACUCGGUGUUGCUUCAGUAGCUAGAAUGGCUACUUUACCAGGAACAGUGCCUCGAAUGAUGCGCCCUGCGCCAGGCCAGAACUACCCCCGCACGGGAUUCCCUCUGGAAGUAUCAACCCCCCUGGGCCAAGGUCGGGUGAACCAGCUCGGUGGAGUGUUCAUCAACGGGAGGCCGCUGCCAAAUCAUAUCAGACACAAGAUAGUAGAGAUGGCCCACCAUGGCAUCCGACCCUGCGUAAUCUCGCGACAGCUACGAGUUUCCCAUGGUUGUGUCUCCAAAAUCCUCUGUCGGUACCAGGAGACCGGUUCGAUUCGUCCCGGGGCAAUAGGAGGCAGCAAGCCUAGGCAGGUAUCAACUCCGGAUGUGGAGAAGCGGAUUGAGGAGUACAAGCGAGAAAACCCCGGGAUGUUCAGUUGGGAGAUCCGGGACAAGCUGCUGAAGGACGGGGUGUGCGACAGAAGCACUGUUCCUUCAGGUGAGGCUUCUGUGAGCUCCAUCAGCCGAGUUCUGAGGGCCCGAUUCGGCAAGAAAGAUGAUGACGACGAUAGUGAUAAGAAGGAUGAAGACGGGGAAAAGAAAACAAAGCAUAGCAUCGAUGGCAUUCUCGGUGAUAAAGGUAAUCGUACAGACGAGGGUUCAGACGUGGAGUCGGAGCCGGACCUUCCCUUGAAGAGGAAGCAGCGUCGAAGCCGCACCACCUUCACAGCCGAGCAGCUGGAGGAGCUGGAGAAGGCCUUUGAGAGGACACACUACCCAGACAUCUACACCAGGGAAGCUGUCUCUUAUACACAUCUAGAUUUCUUUUCCCUCCAGGUGUGGUUCAGCAACAGAAGGGCCAGAUGGCGCAAGCAGGCAGGAGCCAAUCAGCUGGCUGCCUUCAACCACCUGUUACCUGGAGGCUUCCCGCCCACGGGGAUGCCCAGCCUACCUACCUACCAGCUACCUGAGUCCUCGUACCCCGGCACUACACUGUCACAGGAUGGCAGCAGUACGUUGCAUCGGCCCCAGCCCCUGCCUCCGUCCUCAAUGCACCAGGGAGGACUCUCUGACGGCAGCUCCGCCUACGGCCUCUCGUCCAAUCGCCACAGCUUCUCCAGCUACUCAGACACCUUCAUGAGCCAAUCAGCUGCCAGCAACCACAUGAACCCGGUCAGCAACGGCCUCUCCCCACAGGUGAUGAGCAUCCUGAGUAACCCCAACGCCGUGCCCUCCCAGUCCCAGCAUGACUUCUCCAUCUCCCCCCUCCACGGCAGCCUGGAGUCCUCCAACCCCAUCUCAGCCAGCUGCAGCCAGCGCUCUGACUCCAUCAAGGGGGUGGACAGCCUGGCCUCCUCCCAGUCCUACUGUCCCCCCACCUACAGUGCCACCAGCUACAGUGUGGACCCCGUCACCGCCGGAUACCAGUACAGUCAGUAUGGACAGA